AUGUCCUACGGCAUCAAGGCUGCUGAGCGUAUUUCAGGAAAGACUGUUUUCAUCACCGGAGCGAGCUCUGGAAUCGGCAUGGCGACUGCCCUCGAAUUGGCAGCUGCUGCCAACGGCCGGAUCCGCCUGAUUCUGGCCGCUCGUCGGGAGGAGCGCUUGCUCGACCUGAAGUCCAAGCUCGAGCAAACCCACCCGGGAAUUGAUGUGCUCGCUUUCAAAAUGGAUGUGUCCAAGUAUCAGGACAUUGCCAAGAGUGUGGAUUCUCUGCCCAAAGAGUGGUCGGACAUUGAUGUGUUGGUGAAUAAUGCGGGGCUGGUUUUCGGCCGCGAAAAGGUCGGUGAGUUGGCUUUGCCCGACGUUGAGACUAUGUUCUUCACCAAUGUUCUUGGUCUGUUCGCUUUGACCAACCAUCUCGUUCCUCGUUUCCGCCAGAAGGGCUCUGGUGACAUCGUCAUGCUCGGAUCCAUUGCGGGUAGAGAUGCUUAUCCUGAGGGCAGCAUCUAUUGUGCUACUAAGGCUUCUUUGAGAUCGUUCUCUCAUUCUCUCCGUAAGGAGACUAUCAACACAGGUAUCCGAGUCAUUGAAGUCGACCCAGGCGCUGUGGAGACUGAGUUCUCAAUUGUCCGUUUCCGUGGUGAUAAGGAACAGGCCGAUGCCACCUACAAAGGCACCACACCCCUUGUUGCUGAAGAUAUCGCUGAAAUUAUUACUUUCGCGCUCACUCGCAGGGCUAACACUGUCAUCGCCGAAACUCUUGUUUUCCCCAAUCACCAGGCAAGCGCCCGUGACGUGCACCGUUCUUAA